UUUCGGUUUCAGUUCUUUAUAAAUGGGCCUGUCCAUGUUGUUGCCUCAAGUCCGCUGUAAACAGUUUCCUUGAGUGAUUAUUUGAUGCAUCUUCUUUCGGGAUGGCAUCGACUAGUGGUUCAAAAUUAGUUUUCAAGAUUCUGUGCGAUAAUGACGGUUGUUUAGAGGUAAGGCAGCUGAACGCGAAGCUCGCACAAAACAGCUUCGGAGUUAAAGUAGCGAACCUCCGUUCAGUUCUUUUCGACGACGGUAAAAUUGCGAUUCGGGAGGGCAGACAGCGGGUUCCUGGGGGUAACAUCAGGCCCGACAGUCUGGUUGUUGCUAAAACCAGUUUGAGGCUUUGCCAGAGAAAAGCUGGGGAAUGCGGACAUUGUGAUGGUUUACACUUGUGUAGGUAUUUUGUCUGCGGAGGCUGCACCUUUGGACCCAAGUGUAAAAAUCCACACAGUUUGGCUUCUCCACACAACGCUGAUCUUUUGCAAAGAUUUGGUCUUCAGGAUUUGACAGAGAAACAACUUUUCCAGCUUUUACUGCAGAAUGAUCCUUUCCUGCUUCCUGAGGUCUGUCCGCAUUACAACAAGGGUGAUGGUCCGUUUGGCUCCUGCAGAUACACCACCUCCUGCACAAAGCUCCAUGUCUGCCUGCAUUUCCUCCAGGGUGACUGUAGGUAUGGCUCAAGAUGCAAGAGAACCCAUACUGUUCAACAAGGAAUGAAGCUUUUCAAAGGAUUCAGUCAGGAGAAUAUUCAAAACCUUUACAAGAUCUACAGGAAUAAAUUCAUCAUCAAUGGACAAUGUGGACAGCACGAGACUCCAGCUGCUGCUGGUCCAGUGCUUCCAGAGGUGACAUUCAGUCAUCAGCUGCCUUCCCAUCAGCCUCCACAAAUGAGUCCUAGAAGCCUCACCAACUCUGUUGGUCCUUCAAAACCUAACAGUGAAGGUGAAAGGAAUGAGAUCUGCCUCUAUAAUAUUCGCAAAAGCUGCAGCUUCAAAGAGAAAUGUGUGCGUGUCCACUGGAACCUACCGUACAAAUGGGAGGUGUUACACAGAGAUGGUGUUACUUGGAAGGACUUGCCUUGUAUGGAAGAAAUUGAAAAGGCAUACUCUGACCCAACCUGCAACAGUAGCUGGGAUCCACUGCUGUCUACGUUGGGAAUUCUCUCGAGUCUGAAUCUUGGAUCUGCAUCUAACAUUAAGCAGCAUGUUGACUUUAAAACGAUGACCUACAAAGAGUCUCCAGUUCGUCGCCUGUCCACGGCUUCUUCUGUCCUACAUCCGCCACACUUCAUUCUCACAACUCAGUGGAUUUGGUACUGGAAGGAAGACAAUGGUUUAUGGAUUGAGUAUGGACAGGGUGGAGGAGACACCACUGUGACUUCUGAAACUCUGGAGAAAAUGUACCUGGCAGACAAGGAUGCAGAGAUCACUUUCCAGGCAGGCAAACAUCAAUACACCUUGCAUUUCAAAGGUGAUGAAGGAAGCCAGACAAUGUUUCAACAGAAUUUAAAAUAUAAAACUAAGAGAGAGAUCCGAAGGAGGCCUCGCUUUGUGUCACCUCAGGAUGUGAAUGACAUCAAGAGUGGACCAUCACACAGCUCCUGCUCCUCCACAGCUGAACAUAUUCCACCCCACUGGGACAAGAAAGCCCUACCUGAUUUGAGUUAUAAGCUCUUGCUCCUCUCCAGAGUUGAUCCAGAUUAUAAAAUUGAGGAGGAUUUCAGACGCACCAUGCCUUGCAGUAGAAUUGAAAGCAUCCAAAGAAUCCAGAACCCGUCUUUGUGGAAAGUCUUUCAAUGGCAGAAGGACCAGAUGCAGAAGAGGAAUGGAGGGACACGUGUGGAUGAGAAACUUUUGUUCCACGGCACAGAAGAGAGCCUGGUCGACGCCAUUUGUGAUCAAAACUUUGACUGGAGGAUGUGUGGCGUCCACGGAACAGCCUAUGGGAGAGGGAGCUACUUUGCCAGAGAUGCCUCCUACUCAGACAGAUAUUCUAGAGUCCGAGGGAGUCUGAACAAGAUCAUGUUUGUUGCUCGAGUGCUGGUGGGUGAAUACACAAAGGGAAGGAGCAACUACGUUCGACCACCACCAAAAGCAGGAAGCAAAGCUCUUUAUGACAGCUGCGUUGACUCUGAAAGAGACCCCAGCAUAUUUGUGGUCUUUGAAAAACAGCAGAUUUAUCCAGAGUAUCUAAUCAAAUACAGAUAAGUCAAAACAUAUUUUUCUCAAAAUUUGGGUUGAGGGAAUAACUCCAGCAUAGAAUGCUUCACAGUGUAACUGAUUGCUGUGAUGUUUGGAUGAAGAUUAUUUAAACACUUUAAAUAAUACAAUUUUAAAUACUUAGACAACCUGUAAUGGGAAGUUGAGAAUAUUUUUUUUCCUUCCAGCGCACACUUUAUCCUAAUCUGUGUUUUCUGCAUUUUUCUGGGCACGGUCUCUUUAUUUAAUUGAAGAUAACAACUUGUACAUGUUUGAACCUCGUACCAGUGAGUACUGUUUAGUGAUUCAUCAAUAUUAGGUUAGAUGGGCUAAAACUAAGGGAGAUGGAGCCUUUAUGUUUUUCACUCCAAAGCAGUUUAAUUCUGGAACUAUGUUUUGCUGACACUGUGGACACUUUUAAAUGCAUUUGCAAACCUUUUAGUUUUUCAUAAUUAUACUAUGAAUCUUUUCAUUUCUUGUGUAUCAUGUGCAAAACUUGACUAUGUGUUUGCAUCAGAAUUGGUCAAUUACUUAUUUUUUUUCUGCAUCAAUACUUCAAAUGAACAGGUGUGUGCUUACUGUGGGUGUUGUUUUCUGUUUUGGGGAGGACUGUAAUGUUGUAAAUCAGAGGGAGGCAUUUAUGGAGUAACAUUUGAUCUGUAUUAGAUUUGUAGAAUUUAUUUUUAUAGUUGCUGCUAAUUAAAGACAAUGCAAUCUGCAUGGA